AGGCUGAGUCUGUGUGGUGGAGGGACGCUGCUGCUCCUGGACGCUCAGCGGGAACUGAACAGCUCUGAGUGACGUGGGACUGAUGUUGACAUGGCAACAACAAACAACUGUAACUAAUAACCGUAGCGCACGAGCUUCGGUUGUCGUUCACCCUAACGCAGAAACAAUGUCGGAGGCUGGAUCUGAUGAGUUUGAUGACGAGCGCAGUAAACUCGGGGAAUAUGAAGGGGACAGAAACGAAGCAGGGGAGAGGCACGGAGUCGGGAAAGCUCUUCUGCCGAACGGAGACGUCUACCAGGGACAGUACGAGAGGGGCAAAAGACAGGGAGAGGGGACAUAUUGCUUCAAGAAUGGCUCGAGGUAUGUCGGAGAUUAUUACCAGAACCUGAAACAUGGACAGGGCACCUUCUACUAUCCAGAUGGCUCAAAAUAUGAAGGGUCCUGGGUGGAGGACCUGAGACAGGGUCGUGGUGUCUACACCUACUCCAAUGGAGACACGUAUGAUGGAGAGUGGCUGCAUCACGUGAGGCAUGGCCAGGGAACUUAUCACUACUACGAAACUGGCUCAAAGUACAAGGGCUCAUGGGUGAAUGGAAAGAUGGAGUCAGCUGGAGAGUUCAUCCAUCCCAACCACAGAUACAUGGGUAACUUUGUCAACAAUAAUCCUUAUGGCCCGGGGAAGUAUGUGUUUGACUCUGGGUGUGAGCAGCACGGUGAAUUCCACCAUGCAGAGCAGGACGUAGCUGAGGGCGAGUGGGGUGAGUUAGCCUCCACCGCCAUCGUCACGUGGAUCCCCAAGUGUGUCACCGGCCUGACGCUGUGGACUCCAGGCAAAGAGACUUCAGCUGGGGAAAAGGAAACAGCUCCAGCAAAGGAGGAGGCAGAGAGUCAGCCUGCGUGAAAGAUACACAACCCUGCAUCUUUCAAGCCUUUGUCUACAAAGCUAAAUAACAGAUAUUUCAAUAAAUGUGUUAAUACAUCUAUUAAG